UUUCCACAAGCCGCUAUAUAUUUUUGCUCCUAUAAUCUGAAAUUGUCGUCCUUCGGAUUCUAAAUUCCAACCCAUGGAUUUCGCUCUCUCUAAAUCGUUCUUUUUUCUCCUCUCCUUCGCCAUUUUCGCCGUCUCCACCGCCGAAGACGUCACGGCGGCGGAAACACUCGCAACGUCCCCUCACCACUACGCCGCCGUGCCACCGGCGCAACCACCUGCUCACCACCACUACCAUCAUCACCACGCUCCAAAACCGGCACCAGUUUCUCCUCCAACCCACUUACCUGUUCACCCUCCGGCUCAACCGCCUAGCCACAACCACCACCACCACCAUGUCCACAGCCAGCCUCCGGUUCACCCGCCGGUGCAUAAUGCACCUUCUCACCACCUUCCUCCAACCCACUUGCCUGUUCACCCUCCGGUGCACCCACCGGUAAAUAAUGCACCAUCUCACCACCUCCCUCCGACCAAAGCGCUGGCUCCCGGCCACGAACACCACCGUGACGUCCGCCCAUUGCUGCCUCCAGCUCACUCCCCGUCUCCAAUGUACCCUCCGAAGCCUCGGUUGCUGAGGAGCUUCAUUUCCGUUCAAGGGGUUGUUUAUUGCAAGUCCUGUAAAUAUGCCGGAGUUGACACUCUUAACGGCGCUACUCCCGUCGCUGGUGCGAGCGUGAAGCUAAUUUGCCAGAACACCAAGCACCCGCUGGUCCAAACCGCCACCACCGACAACAACGGCUAUUUCUUCAUCAAUGCACCAAAGGCCAUCACCAGCUACGCCUUCCACAAAUGCAAGGUCCUUCUCGGCUCCUCCCCAGUCGCCGCCUGCAGCAAACCCUCCGCCCUCCACGGUGGCGCUGCUGGAGCCGCCCUCAAGCCUCAGAAGUCCUACAUCGAUGCCAACAAGCUCCCCUUCGUCCUUUACUCCGUCGGCCCUUUUGCCUUCGAACCCACUUGCCCUCAUCAUUAAUGUUUCUGUACGACAGAGACACGGCUUUCUUCAUCACUGUUCUGUGUUCUGUUUUUAUGUCUUCAAACGAUGUCGUUGCCUGUGCUUGUUGCUGUUGUUGUUCAGUUCUAAUAUUUAAAUUAAAUGCUUUGUUUU